CCCCAAGGCUGCUGUUUUCAUUUCCUCAUGGGAAGAAGCAGCAUAGCAGAGAAGAAAGGCAGACACAAGACACUGCUCCUCUGCCACCAUGGGGAACUGGGUUGUGAAUGAGGGACUCUCCAUCUUUGUCAUUCUGGUGUGGCUGGGCAUGAAUGCCUUCCUCUUUGUAUGGUACUACCGGGUUUAUGACAAUAGAGAGCAGUUCUUUUACACUCGAAAACUUCUUGGGGCAGCGCUUCCGUUGGCCAGGGCCCCUGCAGCCUGUCUGAAUUUCAACUGCAUGCUGAUCCUGCUGCCGGUCUGUCGAAAUCUGCUCUCCUUUCUCAGGGGUUCCAGCGCGUGCUGCUCAACAAGAAUUCGAAGACAAUUAGACAGGAACCUGACCUUCCAUAAAAUGGUGGCAUGGAUGAUUGCACUUCACACUGCGAUCCACACCAUUGCACAUCUAUUUAAUGUGGAGUGGUGUGUGGAUGCCCGAGUCAACAAUUCUGAUUCAUAUUCAGUAGCGCUCUCUAAAUUUGAAGAUAAGCCUGGUGAAACUUACCUCAAUUUUGCUGAAAAGAAAAUCAAGAAUCCUGAAGGAGGCCUGUUAGUGGCUGUGACUCGGUUGGCAGGCAUCACUGGAAUUGUCAUCACACUGUGCCUCAUACUGAUUAUCACCUCCUCCACCAAAACCAUCCGGAGGUCUUACUUUGAAGUGUUUUGGUACACACACCAUCUCUUUGUGAUCUUCUUCAUCGGUCUUGCCAUCCAUGGAGCUGAGAGAAUUGUACGCGGGCAGACCGCACAGAGUUUGAUUCAACACAAGCCAAAAAUAUGUUGGAAAAAGAUCGAUGAGUGGGGAAAAAUAAAGGAAUGCCCAAUCCCGCAGUUCUCUGGGAACCCUCCUAUGACUUGGAAAUGGAUAGUGGGUCCCAUGUUCCUGUAUCUCUGUGAGAGGUUGGUACGGUUUUGGCGAUCUCAACAGAAGGUGGUCAUCACCAAGGUGGUCACUCAUCCUUUCAAAACCAUCGAGCUACAGAUGAAGAAAAAGGGAUUCAAGAUGGAGGUGGGACAAUACAUUUUUGUCAAGUGCCCCAUGGUGUCCAGGCUGGAGUGGCACCCCUUCACACUGACCUCUGCCCCUGAGGAAGACUUCUUUAGCAUCCAUAUCCGCAUUGUUGGGGAUUGGACAGAGGGACUGUUCAAUGCUUGUGGCUGUGAUAAGAAGGAGUUUCAAGAUGCCUGGAAACUACCUAAGAUAGCUGUUGACGGGCCCUUUGGCACAGCCAGUGAAGAUGUGUUCAGUUACGAGGUGGUGAUGUUAGUGGGAGCCGGGAUUGGGGUCACGCCCUUCGCAUCCAUCCUCAAGUCAGUCUGGUACAAAUAUUGCAAUAAUGCCACCAAUCUGAGGCUCAGAAAGAUCUACUUCUAUUGGCUGUGCCGGGACACACACGCCUUUGAGUGGUUCGCAGACUUGCUGCAGCUGCUGGAGACCCAGAUGCAGGAGAGGAACAACGCCGACUUCCUCAGCUACAACAUCUACCUCACCGGCUGGGAUGAGUCUCAGGCCAGUCACUUUGCUGUGCACCAUGACGAGGAGAAAGACGUGAUCACAGGCCUGAAACAGAAGACUUUGUAUGGACGGCCCAACUGGGAUAAUGAGUUCAAGACAAUUGCGAGUCAACACCCAAAUACCAGAAUAGGAGUUUUCCUCUGUGGACCUGAAGCCCUGGCUGAAACCCUCAGUAAACAGUGCAUCUCCAACUCCGAGGCUGGCCCUCGGGGAGUGCAUUUCAUUUUCAAUAAGGAAAACUUCUAACUGGUCUCUUUCAUGAGGAAAUAAAUGUGGGCUAUGCUGCCAAAUGCCCAAAUAAUGCUAGUUGAUAAUGUAAGUUUCCCCCUUGAAAAAAAAAGGAGAAGAAGAAACUAUAAUGUGAUGGUUUUCCCUGAAAGGAAUGUCAAAGAUUGUUUGAUAGUGAUAAUUUGCAUUUGUUUGGGGCUUUGUCAUUUUCAGCGCACUUUCACAAACAUUAUUUCAUUUUUCCCUCAUGCCAGAGAUGCCAAAGAAAGGCAGGGCAAGGAUCCUUGGGUUCAGUUUUUAGGAUAAAAUGAAUGGGGGCUCAAAAUGAUGAAGUAACUUUCCUUAGAUUAUGAAACUGAGACAGGAUCUAGGCCAUCUGACGCCAGGUUUGGUAGUCUUUCCACGAUACCAGGCUGCCAGGAAAUAAGUUUGUAUACUCCCCAAAAGAAGAAGCAAACUAGGGAGUAGCUAUUCAUUUUCCAUUUUGUGUCAUCUUUGUUAUCAUUAUUGUCACGUCGAAGGAAAUUUUCCAAAUAGGAGAUAAUAUACGCUGAGUGAUUCAACUCUUAAUAGUGACAGGAUCGACAUCAGAGCAUACUCUAGUUUACCAAGACAGCAGCCUAACUGCAUCAGAGAUUGUUCUUGCGAAAGAAUAUUAGGCUGACUGAAAUCAAUGUGUUACCCAGCAUUUACAAUGUUGCUUGGCAGAGAGUAAGGAUACUCAAUGAAAGUUUGUGGAAUGAAUGAAUGAAGAGACAUUUAGAACCAUGCAAUGCCAGGGUAGAAUUAAUUUAAGGCCUUAAAGAGAAAUAUCUAAGGAAAUAACUUCUGUUACUCUUACAGACCAAAGGAACCCGAUUCUUCUGACAGUAGAGAACAGGCUAAAGAUAGUAACCAAUAGGAUGUCCUGGAGGUUCCCUCACAUUCUUGUUUGAAGCAUGGAGGAAAGGGAGAUGGAGGCAGAGAAUGGACCUCCUACCAUAACUGGCUGGCUCCUCUAGUCCUGCUCCCCGUGCCAUGAAAGAAAUGCAAACUGAUUUACUGCCUGAAAGGGUCUCCUCCAGCCAGCACUUGUGAAUUUGAAAUUAAGAAUUGUGACAAAUAUGUGUCUGAUAUGCCCAUCUGCUUUAAAUAGCAUCCACCCCUUGUUUUACUUAAAUACACAGAAAAUGGAUCUUGUUUGUGGGACUAACAGUUUAUUGUUAUAUCAUCAUCAUCAUCAUGAAAUUUACAUCCUAGAAACAAAAAUCCCCCAGCUUACUGUGUAGGCAUUGAAUUGCCACCCAACGGAAUGUUCUCGAUCUGCGAGUUCAAGAGAGAGUCUCUAAAUCACUGUUAGCGUGACUAGAAACAGUUUUUUUUUUCUUAGAACUGCUCUUAUUUCUGGGAACUAUAAACAGAUUUGUUGGCCCCACCCUCUGGAACCACAGAUAUUUAGAGCUAUUUAAAUUUGGUAAUGCGGAAGAAAGAGAAGAAAGCAAGGGGGAAGGGCAGAAGACUGGGUUAGGAAAGGGGAAGGAACGGAGAAAGAGAAAAGAAGAGUGAGAGAAAGCAAAAAAGGCAAAAGGAAAGUGUCAAGGAAGGGAGUCACAUUGGUCACUUUCUACCCAAGGUUUCUUGAAGUUUUGUGUGUAUUGAAUAUAAUUGAAGGAGGCAUCCACAUAUUCAUUUUAUUUUGAUUACAUAUGGGAUUGAAUCUGAAAUUCUAAUCAUAAAUUUUGAUGCUGAGUGGGCAUCUGCAGGGGACUGGCAUGAAGGAGUAAGAACUCAGUCGUUCCUUUGGGCUCCCAGGAUGCCCAGGACAUUGACAAUUCAGGCUUGCUGCAGGAAUGUGGCCUACCCAAAAUAGCCCAGGAAGGUUUGCACUUAUAGACACUUAGGUCCAGCCUGUUCACACUGCACCUCGAGUAUCAGUUCAUUCAUUCAACAAAUUUUUAUUGUGCUGUUACCAUGACUCACGCUCUUUGUUGACAGUUUCAGUUCUUGAGAGCAUGGUGUGAGCAAGAGGGGGACCUCAGUUAUAAGGAGCCUGAGAAUCUUGGUCCCUCCAACCUAUGUGGCCCAAGUAAAACCAACUCCAUUUGUUGCUCUGAAAAUGUUUCUCCAGGGUUUUCUACCUUUGACAUAACAUGGUUACCAAAAUAGAGAGAUUUGCCCUGUGUUAUCCUGGUUAUGAAAAUGUGUAAAAUUUUUCAUCCUGGGAUGAAAAAUGAGUAUAAAAGUGCUUGUCAUUAGGACAGCUUCCUUCUUCAUCCUUCUCCCAAGCCACCAGUCGCCAGCCGCCAGCACAGCUUCCUUAGCAUUUAGCAUUUAGUAACAGGUACUGAGAGAACGAUUAAGCAUUGUUUUUAAUCUCAAGGCUAUGAAGGCUUUUUUUAGUUCUCCUGCUUUUGCAAUAUUGCGUUUAUGAAAUUUGAAUGCUUGUAGGUGUUGUGUGUGAAUAAUUUUGGGGGGCCCUGGGAGAUAAUUCCUAGGAAGAACUAUUAAAAUUGUGCUCAACUAUUAAAAUUAAUGAACUCUC